UGAAGAUGAUUUUGUGUGUCUUUGAAUUCAUGAUAGUGUUUUUGAUGAAUUUAAAUUGUGUUACCUGAAAAAAAAAAAAAAAAAAAAGUUUUUCUGGUUUCUUGUGAGGUGUGUUAGUCUAAUGAUAUAAUAUAUACGGUUGCUUGCAUAAUCUUUGGUAUGGUCAACAUAGCAAUCCCGUAACAGCAAAAGGCAGCUCACGUGACGUGAUUAGAUAGAUACACAGCAUGAGAUAUAUGCUAAUAUCAGAAAAGUCAAAUACAUUAAUAUUUCCAUGUUUGAAUCAUUAUAAAGACUGAGUUUGGUAAUCUUUACUCACAAGAAAACUAAAUUAUAAGAUAAAAAAAGUUGCAGGAUAGAUUCAAAGAUUAUAUAAUUAAGAGCAUCUCUUCUAUAUAUCUGUGGUUCAUUUGCCUCCUUUAUUCGAGUAAACAUAUAAGCUUUUAGGUAUUUUGGUCACGUGAGAAGAAGCUAAAGACAUGGCGUCGUGGACUUCAUCUGAAUUCCUCUAUGAAGAAGUAAAACCACCAGGUAUUCAUUUCCUAGAACGUUUCAAGCGUUCAGGCAAACUCUCUUUCAAGCAAUAUCAAGCAAUGGUCUUUGUCUUGACCUUCAUCGCUUAUAUUGCCUUCCACGCAACCCGAAAGCCGAACAGUAUUGUCAAAGGAACGCUCUCUGAACAACCAACCGGACAUUUCAAGGGGGCAGGUAAAGGUGGAUGGGCUCCUUUCGAUGGUCCUGAUGGAACAGCUUUGCUUGGACAAAUCGAUUUGGCUUUCCUCUCUGUUUAUGCGGUUGGAAUGUUUGUGGCUGGUCAUUUGGGUGAUCGUCUGGACCUCAGGACGUUUCUAACUAUAGGUAUGAUCGGGACAGGAGUGUGUACCGCUCUAUUUGGAGUCGCUUUCUGGGCAAAUAUCCAUGCUUUCUACUAUUUCCUUGCGAUUCAGACAUUGGCAGGUUGGUUUCAGUCUAUUGGAUGGCCUUGCGUGGUGGCGGUUUUGGGGAACUGGUUUGAUAAGAAGAGGAGAGGAGUAAUUAUGGGUAUUUGGAGUGCUCAUACAUCAAUAGGGAAUAUCAUUGGGACUUUAAUAGCGACCGGCCUUUUAAAAUUCGGUUGGGGAUGGUCUUUUGUUGGUCCCGCUUUGCUCAUUACGUUUCUUGGCAUUGUGAUUUACCUAUUCUUGCCUGUGAAUCCAGUUGCUGUUGAAUCUGAGAGAGAUGGAACUGAAGUUGAUUCCACAAUGAGACUCGGUGACACCAUUACAGAGAGUUUCUUAAGCUCUAGGACGAGUACUGGAUUCGAUAGAAGAGCCGUCGGGUUCUUAGCCGCAUGGAAAAUCCCCGGUGUUGCUCCUUUCGCCUUUUGUCUCUUCUUCACCAAAUUGGUCUCUUACACUUUCCUCUAUUGGCUUCCUUUCUAUGUAAGCCAGACUGAGAUAGGAGGAGAGCAUUUGUCACAAGAGACAUCGGGAAACUUAUCGACACUCUUCGAUGUUGGAGGCGUUGUUGGAGGAAUCUUAGCCGGAUAUUUCUCUGAUCAGCUCGACGGGAGAGCAAUUACAGCCGGAGGAUUCAUCUACUUAACAAUCCCAGCUCUGUUCCUCUACAGAAUCUACGGUCAUGUCUCAAUGACAAUCAAUAUCAUCCUCAUGUUCAUAGCUGGAUUGUUUGUUAAUGGACCUUACGCUCUCAUCACAACUGCGGUUGCAGCUGAUCUCGGUACUCACAAGUCGCUUAAAGGCAAUGCAAGGGCUUUGGCUACAGUGACUGCUAUUAUAGAUGGAACAGGAUCAGUUGGUGCAGCUAUUGGACCUGUUCUUACAGGUUAUAUCGCUGCGAUUAGCUGGGAUGCUGUGUUUUACAUGUUGAUGACUGCGGCUUUGAUCUCUGGAUUGUUGCUCACUACGCUUAUUAUAGAAGAAGUGAAAACUUUGUUGUAUGGAUCAUCUGAAGAAGAUGAAGUCGCUGCUGCUUCUACAUCAAGACCUCCCAUUGAUGUCCUCAUAUGAUGAUAUAUCAUGACUUUGAUAUAUAUAUUUUUUUGUUUCUUUUGUUUGUCAAUCUGACUUGUAUUCUCUUACAUGACUUUGUUCCUUUGUCAUUGUAUUAUCUUUUGUAAGGUUUGAAUUAAAACAACAUCCCUCUUGGUUUAAAUGUGUCCUGAAUUUCGUAUGGAUUGAUCUU